AAGUGGGCUGCACGGGGUGGGGUGGCUGUGCGGGCCCUGCUGUGGCCAGCCUUCUCCUCUACUUCGGCCCAGGCUAUUGCCAUCAUAGUCUUCAUCAUCAAAAGGCCUUUAUGAAGCGCCUUGGUGAAUAUAUCCCAGCACCGGGGGAUCUUCUGCAGAGAUCUUCCCACCAGCCCCUGACAUCUGGGGCAUGUCGGCUCGGACAGACAGCAUAUAUGUCAGCCAACCACGAAGGCAUCCGAAGACCGGGCUGUAGGCCCCAGGCAGAGGGUGCAAAACCAAAUUCUUAGGCGAUGUUUAUGACAAGAGUGUUCCAUGAGCAGGGCAUCCUCUUUGGCUACCGACAUCCACAGAGUUCCGCCACUGCCUGUGUCCUCAGCCUUUUCCAAAUGACCAAUGAGACUCUCAACAUCUGGACUCACUUGCUGCCUUUCUGGUUCUUCAUGUGGAGGUUUGUGACUGUGCUGUAUGUGACAGACAUCCAGAAUGACAGCUACUCCUGGCCUCUGCUUGUGUACAUGGGCACCAGCUGUGUGUACCCCCUUGCCUCUAGCUGUGCACACACCUUCAGCUCCAUGUCCAAGAACGCCCGGCACAUCUGCUACUUCCUGGACUACGGCGCUGUCAACCUCUUUGGCCUGGGCUCAGCCAUCGCCUACUCUGCCUAUACGUUCCCCGACGCGCUGGUGCGCACCACCUUCCACGACUACUACGUGACCCUGGCUGUGCUGAACACCAUCAUCAGCACCGGCCUCUCCUGCUACUCCAGGUUUCUUGAAGUCCAGAAGCCCAGGCUCUAUAAGAUGCUUCGCGUCCUCGCCUUUGCCUAUCCCUAUAUCUGGGACUCCGUCCCCAUCUUCUACAGGCUAUUCCUGUUCCCGGGGGAGAGCGCACAGAAUGCAGCGACCUUGUACCACCAGAAGCACACGGCCAUAACCCUCCUGGCCUCUUUCUUCUACUCUGCGCACCUCCCGGAGCGCCUGGCCCCCGGACGCUUCGACUACGUCGGUCACAGUCACCAGCUGUUCCAUGUGUGUGUGAUCCUGGCCACACACGUGCAGAUGGAAGCCAUACUUCUGGACAAGACUCUGAGGAAGGAAUGGCUCCUGGCCAACUCCAGGCCCCUGUCUUUCCCUCAGAUAGCUGGAGCCAUACUUCUGUGCCUUGUCUUCAGCCUCAGCAACAUAAUUUAUUUCUCAGCUGCUCUGUAUCGGAUUCCUGAGCCAGAAUUACGUAAAAAAGAAACAUGAUUCAGA